AUGGACGCUUUACUGCCACGAGCUCUUCUUAAUCGCUUCUACGUUGUUCUGUUGGUAAUUAACUGCUGGUCUUCUCCUUUGGUGGACAUUGGUUUCCACAAGCAAGACGAGGCCCGAAGACGGUUCGCGUGCGUUGCACUCGACUGCUUGCUGGAUCUCAUGGCUUGUAUGGGGAUUCAGCUGAUCGUGCUGCUGGCGUACGUGGAUGACUACGAUCCUGGUAUCAAAGGCUUUGAUGGAACAAUUUGGUAUAACGAUGAGUGGGUCGCUCGAGCACUCAACGAGUUCCAGAUAAUUGUCGUUGUUUCGUGGUCGGAUCUAGUGAGUCGAGCGGUAUUCUCGCUCGGGUUGUUCAUUACUACGAUGAGCAUGAAGAAGCUGAUACUGCAACGGCCGCGAUGUAGCAACCGAAUAAUUUUUGGAGUAUGGGGAUUUGUGAUACUCGGCCUUCACAUCCACGCAUCGCUACAGCCCACGCUCCCUCAAUGUCUGAUGCAAGUCAGCCCUUGGACGGCUUCCCGUCCAUCCUGCUAUUUGGCUGGACUUGACUGCCACACCUUGGGAAUAUCUGGCAGCGUGGAGCAGGUACUGGACAAGUGGAGCGAGUUUGACGCCUUCACGGUCGUCCAGCUCCUGAUCCGACACUGUCCAGCGCUUGAAGUCCCCCAUAUCUUCAGCGAUUUCCACAACCUUCGAGUAAUUAAGGUAUACAACACAACUAUCAUCGACUGGGGGGAAUCUGCCGCGAUCACGAAUACGAACCAUCCAUACAUGGCAUCGCUGUUUAUCGUUCGAGUUAAUAUGACGGACGGUGUGUUACCUGCGGGCUUCCAGUCCGAGGAUUUCCCACAAAGUUUGAAUGACAUCGAAAUAUGCGUGACGAACCUACGGGAUUUACCUAGCGAUUUGGACGUGAAAUGGGCUGAAGGAGCUAUCAUACAAGUGGAGUACAGUCGACUUGAGACGCUGCCGUUGGUUCUCGCACGCCUCAAGCCCUACUAUUUGUACUUGACAGGAAAUCCAAUUAGUGACCUCCCUCCCGAGAUUCUUGGAGUCGACGGUAUGGUGAGUUUAGGCAUGGGGGAUACGAAUGUUUCCCAGCUUCCUCCUAAUGUGACGGAUGUAUCGCCGUCGCUGUCUUUGAUCGAGAUCGACAACACCAACAUUUCCUUUUUCUGGUCCUGGGUAGAUGGGUUUGUUGGACGGACUGAAAAUCCUGGUAUGUUCGUUGCCGGGGGGUCUUUCUAUUGCGAGGAACUCGAGCAAAUAGAAGAAAACUCCAGCAGUUCUUUCCAAGUGUCCCCGGCACCCGAGUACUCUUCCGUUCUAAUGGACCCGUUUGAAACAAACCGAGGCGCAAUUUUGCGUGCUGUUGACUGUACGGAAUACGACAUAGGUCCAUACUACCCACUCGAAUUUGACGACGGUAUCAACGCUAUCACCGCCCCACCUCCGUUUGGAAAACACCGAUAA